AUGGCAGCAUCAACGGGCAGGGUCCUUCUUACUGGUGCGAACGGAUUCGUCGCCUCUCAUAUUGUUCAAGGACUCAUCAAACGUAACUACCAUAUCGUGGGUACUGUGCGCUCUGAACAAAAGGCCCGUGACGUAAUCGCCCUCCAUCCGUCCUGGAAGGAUCACAUCACUUGGGCCAACAUUGCAGACAUCGGAGUCACAGAUGUAUGGGAGGAAGUAUUCAAGAGUGGUCCAUUCGACUACAUCAUCCACAAUGCAUCUCCCGUAGACUUCACUGUCAAAGAUUUCCAACUUGCGAUGAUCGAUCCCGCAGUGAAAGGCACUACUUCGCUCCUUGAAGCCUCCCAGAGACUCGGAGGGUCUACUCUUAAACGAGUAGUGAUAUCCGGCAGUACGGCCAGCGUGUCUGACUACUUUCAUCCGGUCAGCAAAGCACGGGAGCCAUAUACAGAGGCUGAUUGGAAUCAAGUCGAGUACGCAAUCGAGAAAGGCGAUGUGGUUGCCGCAUAUGUUGCGUCCAAGACGUUAGCUGAGCGAGCUGCCUGGAAGUUCAUGGAAACGAACAAACCAACUUUCGGCAUGACAGUGCUGAACCCCUACGUCAUCAUUGGGCCGAUGCUUCAGCCGGCGGCCGGUCCUGAUAACGUGCCAAGCACAAAUGUGUUUCCGGUCUUCAACUUCCUCAACGGGACGUACAGAGAUAUCGAAACCCUGACUUUUCCAGCCUGGCAUUAUGUUGAUGUGCGCGACGUUGCCCUCGCCCACAUCCUAUCUAUGACAGAACCCGCGACAAACAACAAGCGCAUCUUGCUUGUUAGUGGGCUUAUCACUCCCCAGAGCAUCAUCAACAUUAUCCGGAGGAACUUUCCCGAGUUACACGACCGAGUUAUUGAAGGAGUUCCCGAGAAGUUGAUGCCAGACGGAGUUGAGCCGACGGACUGGGACGUUCGCAGGAGUUUCGAAGUCCUUGGGAAUACGUGGAAAUACAUCCGCCUUGAGGAGACGAUCGUUGACACGGUAAACGACUUCUUAGACCACGAGAAGAGGUGGGCUGAAGGAUUUUAA